CCUUAGCCGUCAUCUGAUUGUCGAGUUGGGAGAAAAAGACAACAUAGCCAUGGCGGCAGAGAUUCAUUCGAGGCCUCAAAGCUCAAGACCAGUUCUUCUAAAUAAAAUCGAAGGACACUCGGACGCGGUCAAUGCUGCAGUUUUGAUACCGAAAGAGGACGGAGUGAUCACGGUUAGCGAGGACAGAACUAUCCGGGUAUGGCUGAAGAGAGACAGUGGACAGUACUGGCCCAGCAUCUACCACACGGUCUCUUCGCCAUGCUCCUGUAUGUCAUACCAUCACGACAGCAGGCGCAUCUUCAUUGGGCAGGACAACGGAGCCAUUGUGGAAUUCCUUCUGUCUGAAGAUUUCAACAAGAUGAACCAUGUGAAGACCUAUCCUGCCCAUCAGAACCGUGUGUCAGACAUGGUGUUUUCUCUGGAGAGCGAGUGGGUGGUGAGCACCGGACACGACAAGAGUGUGAGCUGGAUGUGCACCCAGAGCGGCAGUAUGCUGGGGCGCCACUACUUCGGCUCCUGGGCCUCCUGUCUACAGUAUGACAACGACACCCAGCAUGCCUUUGUAGGGGACUACUCAGGACAGAUCACCUUGCUGAAACUGGAGAGACAGACCUACUCCACCAUCACCACACUGAAGGGCCACGAAGGUAGUAUUGGAGCUCUGUGGUGGGAUCCUGUUCAGAGGCUUUUGUUCUCAGGAGCGUCUGACCACAGUGUCAUCAUGUGGGAUAUCGGGGGCCGCAAGGGACGAACACUACUGCUCCAGGGACACCAUGAACGAGUGCAGGCAGUGCGAUACCUGCAGCUGACCAGACAACUGGUGUCCUGUUCUGCAGAUGGCGGCGUCACAGUGUGGAACAUGGACACUCCCAGAGAAGAGGCUCCUCAGUGGUUGGACAGUGACUCAUGUCAGAAGUGUGAGCAGCCUUUUUUCUGGAACGUCAAACAGAUGUGGGACUCAAAGACCAUUGGACUUAGGCAGCACCACUGCAGGAAGUGUGGCAAAGCGGUGUGUGGGAAGUGUAGUUCCAAGAGCACUACAUACCCUGUGAUGGGCUUUGAGUUCCAGGUGCGCGUGUGUGACACCUGCUACGACACCGUCAAGGACGAGGAUCGUACUGCAUUAGCAACGUUCCAUGAGGGGAAGCACAACAUAGCCUUUAUGGACAUGGACCCUUCCAGAGGCCUGAUGGUGACCUGUGGCAGCGACCGUGUCGUCAAGAUAUGGGACAUGACGCAAGUGGUUGGCUGCAGCAUAGCAACAGGCUUCUCCCCACGUUGAUUAACCCCAUCGGCCCUCAAACUCUGUCCUCUACUCUACUGACAGGUGUCUCUGUCAUUGGGACCUCCUCUGUCUCCUCAUCUUUCUGGCUCCUUUUCUGUCCGGCUGCUUCUGUUCACUCAUCUCCCACUGGUCGUUUGGAUGAAGAUACGAAUGUGUGUGUUGUGUUGUGUAAGUGGGUGGGUACUAGUGUUGGUAACCCUUUGCUUGAUUUGGUGUCAGUUUUGUACGUGAGAAUUUGAGUCUCAAAUGUGUCUCAGGUCUAACUUCCAGUGUGUACCCGUUCAGCGGCGUUCCAAGCACAAUGUCCUGUUCUAAUGUGUGAAUGGAAGGGAGCAGUGUUUGUGUUUACGUAUGUUCCACCUCUGUCUGGUUUCUUUGACAUAGUGGGUCAGCUCUAAUUCCUUUUGUACUGUAACAUUGGACUGCUAGACCCGAUAAUCCACAAAGCCCUGCCCAACAGAGACACACAGGGCGCUCCUAUUGGCUGCUUACUUCAACUUUCUACAUUUUAAAUAUUGCAAAUGCUAACCAUGACAACACAGCUUUUGUAUACCCAUAUGCAUAGUGUGUACAGUAUGAGAUGCAGUGUGCUUAUCGCUCUAUCCCUCACUGAGCACGAGGUCAGUUUCUCUCUUUCCUCGCUAGUUGUUCUUUCCCUCUUUCUUUCUCUUCACUAGUUGGCCUUAAACUCACUCGUUUGUCUCAGGAGGAGGAGAUGGAAGAGUCAUUAGAGGGCAUGGCUGUAUGUGCCGUCACCAUGGCAACCCUGGCCGAGCUGUAGCCACAGCUGUUCUCCCACAGACCUUGUCCAACUUCAUCUCAGACACCUAAAACAUAUUUCAUCAAUUUACACAACUGUACAGAUAUCACUUCUAGUCCUGAUAACCAAGACCCCAUACUCUGUUGCCUUUGCGAUUAGUUAAGAUGAAUUUGCGUAUAAUGAAAAACAAGUGUCAGCUUUUGAACAAGAGGUUUUUAUUUGGCUUUUGCUCUCUUUACAGGCACAUAGGUAUUGCAAUGGUACUGAAUUAAAGUCAAUGUAGCGCUAAAGUUCCCAUGCACUGAUGUUUUAUGCUGUUUAAUCUCUCACUGUGGGAUUGUGGGUAAAAUUAGAAGCUGCUUGUGUUUCUUCUAAGGCCUUAAGAGAGUGGGAUGGACUAAGCAUUCUAGAACCUUCAAAACUCUCACGACUGUUCUUACACACACUCUUCUGUAGCAUAGCUGCAUUUUUCUCUCAACACUCACCCAUGAAUACUAAGCAUUCAACACUAUUUACUAGUUCCUCUGUCACUCUCCCGCUCUGUUUUGUUUCCAGAGCCCCGUAAGGUUCUCAACUGCACUUAAAUGCACUAAUUGUGGCUUGAGUUGCAUAAUGUCCUUAAACUGGUAUAUAUUUGGCUAAUUUUAUGCUAGGUUAGACUAACGCUUGCCUUAAGGUAAAACUGAACGUUGGAGUAACGUAUGUAGUCCCAUUCCAGUUUUGAUCACCUACUGUAUAAUAUUUCUAUUUGUAGCAAAGUGUUUGAUUGUUUCUUGAUGUUUACUUCAUGUAUAGAUAGGAUGGUGGUGAGGUCACACAGACAGGAUGAUGUUUACUUCAUGUAUAGAUAGGAUGGUGGUGAGGUCACACAGACAGGAUGAUGUUUACUUCAUGUAUAGAUAGGAUGGUGGUGAGGUCA